AUGAGAUUGUUUUCUAUUGUUUCAGUUUUCUGUUAUUUAUUGUUCUGCGUUACAGCAACCACCGAACCUAAGAUCACACAGAGGGUUUACUUUGAUAUUAACCAUGGUGAUGAAAAAUUAGGUAGAGUUGUGAUUGGAUUGUAUGGAGAUGUAGUUCCUAAGACUGUUAAGAAUUUCUACCAGCUAGCUACCUCCAAGGAUCCUAAGUUUGGCUAUAUAAAUUCUGUUUUCCAUAGAGUUAUUCCUAAUUUUAUGAUCCAAGGUGGUGAUUUCACCCAUGGUCUUGGUAUUGGUGGGAAAUCUAUAUAUGGUAAAUCGUUCAAGGAUGAGAACUUUACUUUGAAACAUGACAGACCAGGUAGAUUAUCGAUGGCCAAUGCUGGUCCAAACACCAAUGGAUCUCAAUUUUUUAUCACCACUGUUGAAACCGCUUGGUUAGAUGGUCAUCACGUUGUGUUUGGACAAGUCAUUGAAGGUAUGUCUAUAGUCAACAAGGUUGAAAACGUUCCAAGAGACGGUAAGGACAAGCCAAAGAAGACCGUCAAGAUCGUUGCCUGUGGUGAUUACGACUUGUUGUGA